GACCAGCCUGUUUCUCAGUGUUCGUGUCAAUGGCGCAGUGCGGCAAUGGCCGCUUCCAAGGUUCCACCACUCCUCCACCCGACGCCUCCCUUCCAGCCAUUAGCACAUGAGAUCCACCUCUCGCGCCGCGCUCUCCCCGAGUCCCGAUGUCACGGGGGCCUCCCGCGUUGGCGGCUCCGGCCAACUCCACGUUCUCCCACCUCUUCCAGCUCUGCGCCCGCGGCGGCCGCGCUGCCCUCGACGCCGGGCGCGCCGCGCACGCGCGCAUGCUCGUGUCCGGGUUCGUCCCGACAGCCUUCGUCUCGAACUGCCUCCUGCAGAUGUACGCCCGCUGCGCAGACGCCGCAUGUGCUCGCAGGGUGUUCGACGCGAUGCCCCACAGGGACACCGUCUCGUGGAACACCUUGCUCACCGCGUACUCGCACUCCGGGGACAUCACGACCGCGGUAUCACUGUUUGAUGCAAUGCCGAAUCCGGAUGUCGUGUCAUGGAACACGCUGGUCUCAAGCUAUUGCCAGCAUGGCAUGUAUAGCGAGUCGGUGGCCCUGUUUCUGGAGAUGGCUCGCUCUGGUGUUGCCUCCGACCGGACAACAUUUGCUGUCCUUCUAAAGUCGUGCGGUGCUCUGGACGACUUUGCACUCGGUGUGCAAAUUCAUGCAUUGGCGGUGAAGGCAGGGUUAGAUAUUGAUGUCCGGACUGGGAGUGCUCUCGUGGACAUGUAUGGCAAGUGCAGCAGUUUGGAUGACGCAUUGUUCUUCUUUUAUGGAAUGCCCGAGAGGAACUGGGUCUCGUGGGGUGCAGCCCUUGCUGGGUGCGUUCACAAUGAGCAGUACACUCGUGGGUUGGAGCUGUUCAUGGAGAUGCAGAGGUCAGGGAUGGGGGUGAGCCAGCCGGCUUAUGCGAGUGUCUUUAGAUCCUGCGCAGCAAAAUCAUGUCUGAGCACUGGUAGGCAGUUACAUGCACAUGCCAUAAAGAAUAACUUCAGUAUUGACCGUAUUGUUGGGACAGCUAUUGUGGAUGUUUAUGCUAAGGCUAAUAGCUUGGUGGAUGCUAAAAGGGCAUUCUUUGGGUUGCCCAGCCAUACAGUGCAAACGUGCAAUGCCAUGAUGGUUGGGCUUGUGCGCGCAGGGCUUGCAAAUGAGGCCUUGGAACUGUUUCAGUUCAUGACCAGGUCAGGCAUUGGUUUUGAUGCAGUCAGUUUAUCGGGUGUCUUCAGUGCUUGUGCAGAGAUUAAGGGGUAUUUAAAAGGGCUACAAGUCCACUGCUUAGCAAUGAAAUCAGGUUUUGAGACGGACAUCUGUGUCAGAAAUGCAAUUCUUGAUCUGUAUGGAAAGUGCAAAGCAUUGGUAGAAGCGUACUUUAUCUUCCAGGAUAUGGAGGAACGAGAUUCAAUCUCUUGGAAUGCUAUUAUUGCUGCUCUUGAGCAAAAUGGGCGCUAUGAGGACACCGUAGUUCAUUUUAAUGAGAUGCUGCGCUUUGGUAUGGAACCUGAUGAUUUCACAUAUGGUAGUGUCCUUAAGGCUUGUGCAGCUUUACAAUCUUUGGAGUUUGGUUUGAUGGUACAUGACAAGGUUAUCAAGUCAGGACUUGGUUCAGAUGCUUUUGUAGCUAGCACUGUUGUUGACAUGUACUGCAAAUGUGGUAUGAUGACAGAUGCUCAGAAACUCCAUGACAGAAUUGGGAAGCAAGAACUUGUUUCAUGGAAUGCCAUCAUGUCAGGAUUUUCACUGAACAAACAGAGUGAGGAUGCCCAGAAAAUCUUCUCACAGAUGUUAGAUAUUGGACUUAAGCCUGAUCAUUUCACCUAUGCUACAGUUCUUGACACUUGUGCUAACCUAGCUACCAUUGAGAUCGGGAAGCAGAUCCAUGGUCAGAUAAUUAAGCAAGAAAUGCUGGUAGAUGAAUAUAUAUCCAGCACCCUUAUAGACAUGUACGCCAAGUGUGGGUACAUGCAAGACUCACUGCUAAUGUUCGAGAAGGCACAGAAACGGGAUUUUGUGUCAUGGAAUGCUAUGAUAUGCGGCUAUGCGCUCCAUGGUCAAGGAGCAGAAGCACUCAAGAUGUUUGAUAGGAUGCAAAGGGAGGAUGUGGUUCCGAACCAUGCAACUUUCGUUGCUGUGCUCCGGGCUUGCAGCCAUGUUGGUCUGCUGGAUGAUGGAUGUUGUUACUUCCAUCAGAUGACCACCCGCUACAAACUGGAACCACAACUGGAGCACUUUGCUUGCAUGGUUGAUAUACUAGGACGGUCAAAGGGACCGCAGGAAGCUCUGAAGCUUAUUGGCACCAUGCCUUUUGAGGCGGAUGCAGUCAUCUGGAAGACUCUCCUAAGCGUUUGCAAGAUCCAUCGCGAUGUUGAGGUGGCUGAACUUGCUGCCGGCAAUGUUCUACGACUGGAUCCUGAGGAUUCUUCAGUUUACAUUCUUCUGUCAAAUGUAUAUGCAGAAUCAGGGAAAUGGGCUGAUGUUUCUAGGACAAGAAGGUUAAUGAAGCAGGGAAGGCUUAAGAAGGAACCUGGCUGUAGCUGGAUUGAGGUGCAAAAUGAGAUGCAUGGAUUCCUUGUAGGAGAUAACGUCCAUCCGAGAUCGAGGGAGCUGUAUGACAUGCUGCAUGAUUUGAUUGAUGAGAUGAAACUGUCUGGAUAUGACCCUGAUUUAGCUUCUUUUGCUGAGGUUGACGAAGAGGGCAGUGCAUCCGAGCAAGAUGAUUUACUUGGAAUGGUUGGUGGCUAGUCAGUCCUGUAUUGAGGUUCCAAUCUACUAUUUUAUUACAAAGCUCUGAACUUAAUCUCCCCUGCAGCUGAGACAGUGAUACUGCAAAAGAUGCUCAGGCAGAACUCUGAAGCUGUUUUCCCUGGCAUGUCACUGUACCGUAAAAUGGUUUUGUUGAUCUCAUGAGUGUAUGAAAUUCACCAACGUUGGAAGACAAACUGGUGCACAUAUUUUGCUAUAUAUAUGACAGACUUGGCAAUUGUGAUUCUUUCCGCCAUUUAUGCUGGUACAGGCUUGUAUAAAGGCACUUGACCAGAUGCAGCAGAAGACUUUCUGAUUAGGUUGAGCGAGGUUAUUUGUCAUACAGUUUCUCUAAAGCAGAAUCCGAGGAUAGUAUUUGAUAUGCUUGUGCACCAGACGUUUUGACAAGAAGCUUGGGAUUACAACAAGGGAAGUCAAACUUUCCAGAAGAUGCAAAGGUCCGUCUAGCAAGCAUUAUCCAGUGCUAAAUGUACUGAAGAGAGAAUGUGGCAAUAGAGAUCAAUAUAUACACUCAGUUGUUUGCUUAUCCAAGAAGAACCAGUUAAGAAGCCGAGAGGGAACACUUCCCAAGCACUUCAGAUGCAAUUAACACUGAUGGUCAAGGAUUAAUGUCAUGUCUGAUGUGACAAAGGUAACUCAUCCAUCAUUUGUUAGUGAGACGCCAUAACUAAAUUGAUGAUUUUUUCCCUCUAAUUUGUUGGGGAUGCUCUAUGAAAAUUUAGUGUUCAGAGCAGUUGUUCCCAUGCUUUAGUUCCGAGCCGAAACAAGAUUCAGUUAGUUUGACUACCAAAAAAAAGUUUCACUUAGUUUUGUUAUAAUAUUUCCAUCAGAUACAUAUGAUUGCAGUUAUUAAGUCCAUUCCACAUUUUUUGUCAUACAUAGUUGCAAUUUAAAGAUGGCCAUUUGGUCGUUAAUGCAGUUUCAAAUUAAAAGUGGAGGUUAUUUGUAUCGAUUCCAAGUUCCUAACGGAACAUAGCUCCCCUUUAUAGACAACUUCUAUAGAUAAUAUGUAACUUCAACAUUGGUGAGGAUGAUUCUUCAUAUAUGCAGUGCUAAGUAUCAAGACACCUGAAUAUCAUUGAAAUAUAUUGCAACCCUUUCCCGUGUCAGCGCACGGGUAUCAUCUAGUAGUAAAUAUCAGGCGCUGCAUAUGUAUGCUGGGGGUAGAGAUUCCAGUGAUUGAAAUUUAGUUGUAUGCCUGCAUUCAGUGUGUCAAACAUCACUCUAGAUGGCUAGUCUGCUAUAAUUAGUACUCCCUCCGUUCACUUUUAUAAGACGUUGUAGACAUUUCAGACAGCAUGCAAAACAGCUCAAUUUCAGUUGUCUGAAAUGACUUAUAAAUGCGAACGGAGUACUAAUCCUGAUGUUUGACAAACAAUCAUGCACUUGCCUUCCGAAUGACUUGGCCUUCACUUGCCCUUCUCGCCCGUGUAGCUUACAUGGCCCAGGGCUACAUCUUUUCUAUCUUUCUUUCUGUUUCCCCCUUAUAGAAGUUAAAAAUGGAGGUAAAGUGGAGGAAAAUCUGCGUAUUGCGAAGCAUUGAAAAGCACCCGGCGAGCAAUGAUCAGUCAGACGGUUACAAGUAACAAGAAACGAGCAGGGAAGCUACAAACACGUUCACUGACAGUGGCACAAGCUCUGGCAAGGUCUACCAAGCUGAAUGUUGAUUCUGCUUUCCAUUUGUGAUCAGCUGGGGGAGGUUGGGGGUAAACAGGAGCAGUUCCACGACACUCGCUUCAUGGUUCCUGGCUGGAGGAUCCACCAGAUUUUCUUGUAGUAUCAGUCUUGGUAAGUUACCCUGCUUGGUAGAUAAUGAAGUCCAUUUGCUGUCAAAAAGGAAAAAAGAACUGCUGCACAGAAAGCUCGCUAGAUUCAUUACUGAAUCAACUGUAGAACGACCGUAAUGCAUACUACUACAUCCGUCACAUUUAUUAUGGGACUGAGGGAGUACCAGUUACAU